UUCUCCUACAAGCCUGGGGUAUUUUUUCAACAAGGCUUCAAUUUGCGUAUUACUCGCACAUUUUACAUUCUCAGACUUACGCUACACGUUUUACAGAAACCAUGAAGUGUUAAAUGUUUGAGGUACAAACUGCCGUUAUUCUCAUGCAAAGAGAGGAAAAAGGAGAAACGCACGCACUGCUCUGAUGCGUCUGUGCAAUAGACUCUGCAAAGGAAAACUAAUAAUUUAGAAAAAAAAUCGCCGCUGCAAAACUGAAAACCCUUUUCUUGUUUUAAAAUAAAUAAAUAAAAAAUCAAGCUGGCUCACACUCUUUCAACCCAGAACAGUUUGACAGCUGCUCUUCACCCCCUUUGGAGGACUGUCAACAGCAAAAGGAUGGCAUCAGAACUGGCAAUGAGCAACUCCGACCUGCCCACCAGUCCCCUGGCCAUGGAAUAUGUUAAUGACUUCGAUCUGAUGAAGUUUGAAGUGAAAAAGGAGCCGGUGGAGCCCGAUCGCAGCAUCAGCCAGUGCAGCCGCCUGAUCGCCGGGGGAUCCCUGUCUUCCACCCCGAUGAGCACGCCUUGCAGCUCGGUACCCCCUUCUCCAAGCUUCUCGGCGCCUAGUCCAGGCUCCGGGAGCGAACAGAAGGCACACUUGGAGGAUUUCUACUGGAUGACCGGUUACCAACAGCAGCUGAACCCGGAGGCUUUGGGCUUCAGCCCCGAAGACGCCGUAGAGGCGCUGAUCAACAGCAGUCAUCAGCUUCAGACCUUCGAUGGCUAUGCUAGAGGGCAGCAGUUUGCCGGUGGAGCCGGAGCAGGAGGCACCAUGGCCGGGGAAGAGAUGGGGUCGGCAGCCGCUGUUGUAUCCGCAGUUAUCGCGGCUGCUGCAGCCCAGAACGGGGGUCCUCACCACCACCACCACCACCACCACGCCGGGGGACAUCACCAAGCGCCCGGGGUCCCACCCAACGGGAACUCGGGAGGAAACCACCAACACAUGCAUUUGGAGGACCGGUUUUCAGAUGAGCAGCUGGUGACCAUGUCAGUGCGAGAGCUCAAUCGGCAGCUCCGGGGGGUCAGCAAAGAAGAAGUGAUCAGGCUUAAACAAAAGAGGAGAACCCUGAAAAACAGAGGUUAUGCCCAGUCCUGUCGCUACAAGAGGGUCCAGCAACGGCAUGUCCUGGAAGGCGAGAAGACCCAGCUCAUUCAGCAAGUUGAUCACCUCAAGCAAGAGAUCUCCAGGCUGGUCCGGGAGAGGGAUGCCUACAAGGAAAAAUACGAGAAGCUUAUCAGCAAUGGCUUCAGAGAAAACGGCUCGAGCAGUGACAACAACCCUUCAUCUCCAGAGUUUUUCAUGUCAUCCAGAAAAUUUCUACAUCUGUGAUAGCGAAAUAUGACCCAGUGCCCUUGGCCUUGAAGUCUGAGAAACCAUGACAACAGAAUGCUGAUGGCUUAGAGCGACCUAUGGCACCAAGACUGCCACAAAGCA